UGCUCCUAGGUAUAAGUGAAGGGUGUUCGUUUUCGACAGAGUUCGCAGAAUUCACGGAGUGUCAGUUCAUCUACUGAAUCCCUCAUCCGUUCGAUUGCUCCGCCGAAGGAAGCUUAACAUCACCAAUCAUUUUAAGUUUAAAGUUUAAACCCUCUUACCCCCUUCCUUCUUUCUCUCUCUCUCGUAGGUAGGAACGCGGCACAUUCCGUCGCUGAGUUCCCCUUCCUGUUGGGAUGCUUCUUGAUGAACAAAGGUGAAACCUAGGGCUGUAGUCUGGUGGGUGGCCUUUUGCUUUUUUGGUAAUGGGCUGCUUCCACUCCACAGCUGGAAAGCCGUUCCCAGGUCAUGAGGAUCCUGUUAUCCUCGCUUCACAGACAGCUUUUACUGUCAGUGAAGUUGAAGCACUAUUUGAGCUGUUCAAGAGUAUUAGCAGUUCCGUGAUUGAUGAUGGGCUAAUAAACAAGGAAGAGUUUCAGUUAGCUCUAUUUAAGAACAAAAAGAAGGAGAACCUUUUCGCAAAUCGGAUCUUUGACCUUUUCGAUGUUAAGCGAAAGGGGGUGAUUGAUUUUGGUGACUUUGUUCGAGCACUCAAUGUCUUUCAUCCGAAUGCCCCAGAAGAGGACAAAAUCGAGUUUUCAUUUAAGCUUUAUGAUUUGGAUGGUACGGGAUUCAUUGAGCGACAGGAGGUCAAGCAAAUGUUAAUUGCACUUCUUUAUGAAUCAGAACUGAGAUUGGCGGAUGAAACUGUUGAAGUAAUCCUGGAUAAGACGUUUUUGGAGGCAGAUGUGAAUCAGGAUGGAAAAAUUGAUAAAGCUGAAUGGGAAGACUUUGUUUCUCGUAAUCCAUCCUUAAUGAAGAUUAUGACUCUUCCUUAUCUCAGGGACAUAACAACAACUUUUCCAAGUUUUGUGUUUCACUCGGAAGUCGACGAGACUGCUACAUGAGUUUGUACCUCACCUAACACCCAGCAUCGCUCUAAUUAGAAAGCAGUGACCCAAAUGCUUGUGAAAGUCUUCUUAUUUAAAAGAAGCUGAGUAGGAUGAGGCCUGCACUACACUCAGCAGGGAAUGUUAUAUUUCGACUUGAACUCUGGACAGGUCGCAAAAAGUAGAAGCCGCCCAAGUAGUUAGUUUGGAAGGGUUUGCUGAG